AUGAUCUUGCCCCAGAUGCACAAGUCCGGGCGGCUGCAUCUCCUACAUCCCCUUCGCCCCAGAUCUGCGGCGGCGGCGGCUUGGCUCGGCCAGGUGGCCCCUUUGCAGCAGCAGCAGCAGACCCUUUGCAUGUUCUUCUUCGGCGAGGAGCGGAGCGAGCUUCCUCCCCGGAUCCGGAGCUGCCUGCCCGCUCGCCUUCGUCGCGCCCCCCUCCCUCCUUCUCUCCUUCCUCUUCUUCCUCCUCCUCCUCCUCCUCCCCUGCCUCGGUCCAAGGCGCAGUGGCGGAGUUUGCGCGGAGCUGUGUGAGUGUGUGUGUGUGUUGAUGGUGCGCGGUCACAGCUCCGAGUGAACAGUGUUUCUGGGAUACCACAGCAACCUUGACGAGGAGGACUCAACCAUCUCUCCGACGGGGGCAGCGAGGCUCUCGGCGCAGGCGAGCUCGAGGGAAGGGGGCCUCCGCUCCUCGCCUGCCGCCAGCUCAGCUAUGCUAGGCAGCCCGGGGCUGCCUGGAGCGCCUGGCCAACACUAGCCGCCCCCUUCUGCUGAUAAAAAAUAAAAUAGCAAUACAAUAUAUAUUAUAAAAAUCUCAGGAGCUGCGGCGCGCUUCGAAAUCGACCAGGCGCGCCUCGAAAUUGACCAGACGCGCGGGCUUUAGCCUCCAAACUCUCCACAGCCGCUCGGUGGCUAUUGAGGCUCCGUUUCGUCUUUCCUCUCCUCCUCUCUCUCUCUCUCUCUCUCCCCGCUCUUUCAGAUGAUUUUUUUUUUAAAGGGAGAAUGCUUGUUGAUGUUUUUUGUUGUUUUGGCUUAGGGAAAAAAGCUGGUCGUCAGAAAGAAUCAUCUGGUUGUUGCUUUUCUAUAUAUAUAUAAACCAAACCAAACCAAACCAAACCACAAUAGUCCCGAGGAAACAAACAAGCAGGAGCUUAAUUCAGCUGCUUCUCCAUCUCUCUUUCCCUUUCUCUCUUUUUCGACAGCGAAGAGCAAGCAGGCGCCGGGGCUUUGCAGAAGGAUGCCAGCCUCGCAAAGCGUUCGAGCCUGGUGGAAGCGCACGACGCGUAA